UGAAUAAAAACAUUUACACAACAAGCUGGGCUUGGAAUGGCUAGAGCUGUUUUUAAGUCAGCAUGCUUUAAAAAUCAAGCACUGGUUAAUAUUAGUUUACGAAAUACAAUUGUGUUUGGAAGUAAAAAUGUUUUCAGAAAUGUUGUCUCAUCAGCUACAGAAGAUGGAUCCUAUAUGUAUCCAGAGAUGAAAACAAGUGUUCCUGGUCCAAUUUCCUUAAGGAAAAUGAAUGAACUAGAAAGAAUGAAUAAAAUGGGAUCUGUUCAUUUCUUCGCUGAUUACGAAAAAUCUAAAGGCAAUUAUAUUGUUGAUGUGGAUGGAAAUUUGUAUCUUGAUAUUCUUAAUCAAAUAUCAUCAUUACCAUUAGGUUAUAAUCAUCCUGCACUAGAAGAAGCUGUUUCAUCACCAUAUCUAAAGAGUCUUAUGGUAAACCGACCUGCUAUGGGUGUAAACCCACCUUCAGAUACAUAUGAAUUAUUGCAAGAAACUUUACUUAAAGUUGCUCCCAAAGGUCUGGAUAAUGUUCAAACAAUGAUGUGUGGAUCUUGUUCAGUAGAGAAUGCGAUGAAAGCUGCUAUGAUUAAAUAUCGGGCGUACCAGCGUGGCAGUUACCUGCCAACUGAUAUAGAAUUAGAGAGUUGCAUGAGACAAGAGCUUCCUGGAACUCCAGAUAUCUGCUUUUUAUCAUUCAGUCAAAGUUUUCAUGGUAGAACCAUGGGUGCUUUGUCCCUAACAAGAUCCAAGGGAAUGUACAAGGUUGAUAUUCCUGGCUUUAGAUGGCCUGUUUCAGAUUUUCCAUUCCUAAAAUAUCCUCUUUCCGAUCAUGUACAUUAUAACCAAGAAGAAGAAGCAAGAUGUUUAGAUAUGACAAGACAACAAAUUCGUGAAUCCAACGAAAGGGGUGUUUACGUUGCAGGCCUGAUUGUAGAACCAAUACAAGCGGAAGGAGGCGACAACAACGCAUCACCUGCUUUCUUCAGAUCAUUACAAGAAAUUAUCGGAGAGGUGAAUGGAGCGUUUAUAUGUGACGAAGUUCAAACAGGUGGUGGGCCGACUGGAAAAUUCUGGGCUCAUGAGCAUUGGGAUUUGCCAACACCUCCAGACUUUGUCACCUUUGCUAAAAAAAUGCUCGUUGGUGGUUUUUACUUUAAGGAGGAAUUCCUACCAAAACAGGCAUUCCGUAUUUUUAACACCUGGAUGGGUGAUCCUGCCCGUGUUGCGUUAUUGAAAGCAGUUAUUCAAGUCAUCGAACAAGAUGAUCUUCUCUCCCGAGUUAGAAAAUCGGGAGAAGUUUUGAUGGAAGGGUUACACGACCUAGAGAAACGAUAUCCUGAAAGUGUCGAAGAUGCACGUGGCGUUGGAACAUUUUGUGCUAUAUCCUGCUCUACACCUGAGUUGAGAGACCAGUUAUCGUUGACAAUGAGAAAUCUCGGGUUGCAAAAUGGCGGCAAUGGUAAAAGAAGUAUUCGAUUUCGUCCAUCUUUGAUAUUUAAUGAAAGUCAUGCUGUAGUGACCACACAUCUUAUGGAAGAAGCUAUCAACAUAUGUCGUAAGGCUAGGUUAAGACACGGUCGUUAGGGUUUUAUCUUAUACAUAUUUUAGGUAGUUUAUAUAUCGUAUAUUGAAUUAUGUUUACUUCUUACGCAAUAAUAUUUUUUUUAUGUACGUCAGGGUCAGAUACAGUUAUAGGUAGACUGAAGCCUACAUUGAGAAUUCAGUUUUCUGUUAUAAAAACGGUUGUAUUGUUGUCAUUUUUCGACAAAUUUAGAGCCAUUUUAGACAUUUAAACGGUAAAUGCACUUAUUAAGAAUUUUUUACUUAAGCCUACUUUAAGAAAAUCUGUGGCUCCGACCCUGUAGCUACGUAGCACUCGAUAUAAAACGUAGAAAAUUUGAUUUCAUUGUAUUAUUUAUGCAAGUUGUAUAGCUCUGCUUAUUUUUUAAAAGCAAUGUAUUUAGAUUUUAAACAAUAUAUUUUAGUCUAAUAA